AUGUACGACAUGUAUCACAGACAUCGAAGGCUUAAUGACGAUGUGGUGAUGUCGUUCGAUGCAGACUCGAUUCUGCAAUCCAGUGCGACGGACACGAACGCGAUGAGCGACUUCGACCGCGCGGCGCAAUGCGCUUCGACGGAGGAUGCGCUUCGGACGCUUGGCAUGUUAGCUAUGCCAAGCGAGUUUCGUCAAUCGCGGCUCGAACGACAGCGCGAGGCCGCGAAGAGGAAAGAAAGCGUCGCACGUGUGUCGAGUGGGCCCAAAACGUCUUCCGCGGUUGUCGACAUUGAUCCGUUUGCUGAAUACUUGCAGCACGAUCGUGGGUUUGCGCCGGCGCGCGUUUCGUCAAAGCCCGCCGGCGUAAGUAGUCCACCGCCGUCGAUGAGGACGGCGAAGCCCGCGCGAAGACCAACUGGAGGUUCUUACACGAAUGCUCGGAAGCACGGUGCUUCGACGUCGGUGUCGAGGCUCGCACGUGUUCCAUCGUCCGAGUCCGAUGACGACAUUGUGCCGGCGCGCAGGCGCCGAGACUUCGACGUUGGUUUCAGGCGCACGGCGAGCGGAAAGUUUACAUUUGGCGGAGAGGAUCGAACGCAGACGCGCGUCGCAUUUGAGCCGCAAGUCCACGUAGCGCAAAGUCGGAAUCACGAGGACGACUUUCGCGCUGACAUCGAGCGUUGGCCACAACUACAGCCGGAGACAAACGACAACGCAGAAGAUGAGCAAAUCGCCGAGGCGAUACGCUUAUCGAAGCUCGAGUUUAAAAAGCAAUCGCGCGAGCACAACUCGGCGCGGGCCAUGCACAUCGAGUGCGAUGAGCUCUUCGGCGACAUGACGGAGGAAGAAAUCGUCGCCCUCGUCGUUCGCAUGUCGCAGGAAGAGACGACGAGCGAGGCUGCUUUGCCAAUGCCGACAAAGACGGAGUGGGUGAACGCGCGUCUCGGCGAAAUAUUUUUCCCCGACAUCGAGCGCGCGAGACAGGUUGCGGAAAUAUUCAGAGCGACUGAAACCGACCGAAAUGCGACUAUCGAUUUGCUCAUUGGUGCCGGCGCAGCGGAGAGCGACGCUAAAGCGUUUUGGGAAUUGUUUGACGCCGUCACGCUGACGGAUAACGAUAGCCACGUAGAUUAG